UUUAGAGAACCCUAUUCGCUGAUUAAAAUUCGAUAAAAUGAAAAUCGCUUAUAGAUCCCUUGUGUGAGAAGUAACAUUUAAGUUGUCGAGGACUUUCGGCCUAUACUUCACGAGAAAACAGGCACAGAUAAGUGAUAAAUCCUAAAUCGUUGAUCGAUGGUGCAAUAAGACAAAUUUGUAAAAAGAAUAGUGGUUACGUUUGUGCGUUUCUUUCCUCCGGGCAUGUAUUGAUAGAAAAUUACUUCUCAAUAAAAGGAACAGCGAAACGUCAGAUAUUGAAGAAACAUAAAACACAUAAUAUUUCAAACUUGACGAAUUCCUAAAAAGAAAACGAAAAAAAAAUAAGGCAACAAAGUGGUCUUCGUUGGUGCUAUUUUUCGAGACUCGCGCAUAACUAGAAGAAAUACAAUCUAAACAGACAACGGACUUUAAAAAUGUCAAACGAGCAAAAGCAACGCAUCCAGGUACCAGAUGCACUGCGUGAAGUUCUAUUGGAAUUCUCCAUAGCCUAUCUGUUGGAACAGCCUGGCGAUGUGGUCGACUUUGCCGUCGAGUACUUCACAAAACUGCAGGAAACACGCCGACAAUCGGCUUUCAAUCGAGAUAACGACCGUGGAUCUGUCGAUGAUAGUGUCAUGUCUCAGGAGGAUGAUGACGAACCUGUUGUUCCACGCUUUUCCAACAGACGCAAAUCUGUUUUUGCUGAGGCAUAUGAUCCUGAAAACGACGCCGAUGAUGAUGAGGGGGCAACCGCUGUGUUCCCGAAAUCAGAUGAACAGCGUUCGCGCCUAAUCGAGUCCGUCAAGAAUGUUUUGCUAUUCCGUUCCCUGGAAAAGGAACAGAUGAACCAAGUUUUAGAUGCCAUGUUUGAGAGAAGGGUUUCGCCUGGCGAAAAUAUCAUUCGUCAAGGAGAUGACGGUGACAAUUUCUACGUUAUUGAAUCGGGCGUUUACAAAGUAAUCGUAAAUGACAAUCACGUUCACACAUACACUAACAGUGGUAUAUUCGGUGAAUUGGCUCUCCUGUACAAUAUGCCCAGAGCUGCCACUAUACAAGCCGAAUCUGAAGGUUUGCUGUGGGCUAUGGAUCGUCAAACCUUCCGACGUAUAUUGCUUAAAUCUGCCUUCAAGAAAAGAAAAAUGUAUGAAUCGUUACUGGACAGUGUACCAAUGCUGAAGACGCUGCAGAGCUAUGAACGUAUGAAUUUAGCUGAUGCUUUGGUAACCAAACGCUUCAAUACAAACGACAGAAUCAUAAAGCAGGGAGAUGUUGCCGAUGGAAUGUAUUUCAUAGAAGAAGGAACAGUUGUUAUUAAAAUGGAUCAAGAUGGUUCUGAGAUUGAAAUUUCCAAAUUGGGAAAGGGUGCAUACUUUGGAGAGCUGGCCUUGGUGACGCACCGUCCACGAGCAGCAUCCGUGUACGCUGCAAGCGAUGAUGUUAAGGUUGCAUUCCUCGAAGUUGAAGCGUUCGAACGUUUGCUCGGUCCAUGUAUGGAAUUGAUGAAGCGAAACAUUGACGAUUACGAGACCCAGCUAAUUAAAAUCUUCGGCAGUAAAAAUAACAUUACCGACACACGAUAAAAAGUCUGAUGCUGCAAAGUUACAAACCCAGUUCAAGAACAUACACUUAACACAAAUACACUGCACAAACAUUGGAUAGUCCUGGGAAGUAUCCAAAGAAAUUCCUUUUAAGUCCAGUGUUAAGACCAACAACAAAAUAACAAAGAGGCAAAUUCACACCAAAACAUCCAACUACUAUCUACAUACGCUACAGGCCCAUAUAUUAAAAGUGAAAGAGACGAAGAAAAAAAAAAAAAAACAAAAUCAGAAAUAGAAACAGAAACAAAACUUUAAGCGGAAAGCAAAAACUGACGAACAGUAACUGUAAGCACAAUUCAUGAUAAUUAUACUUUAAUAAGAAGUAGCGUAUAUCCAAUCGAUUGAUGAGGCAAACGUACACACAUGUACAACGUGAGCGGCGAAGCAACACAAUUAAAAGCAACUCCUUUUUAGCAAUAUACUGCAUAAGAAGAAUUUAAAGGCUACAACAACGUAAUUUUAAGAAGUACAUUUUGGAAAAUUAUUGCAUAGUAUAAACAUAUUCGCCUUGGACGAUUUUCUGAACACAAAUCCAUCAAAAACCCCGAAAUCCCAAAAGUCCCAAGCUCAAAUGAAAUCUAUAUAAUAGAAUAGUUCCUUGACUUUUGGAUCAAGUCAAGUUUCAAAAACUUUUUCAUAUUCCCAUGAAUAUGUACGACUUUUAAUGUCAACUUAAUUAGGGAUCGAUUAGGUGAAUUCUGAUAUACUUAUACAUACAUUAAGAUCAUACUUCGAGAAAUUCGACACCAACUAUUUAUUCAUCUGUAUAAUUGUAUUAUUAUCUGUUUGCUGCCGUAGCAAAUAUGCCAAUAUUGGCAUGAACUUGUUUUAAAAACUUCCUUUUAGGUCAUAUUUAGUUAAAUGUUCAUAAAUUAAAAAAAAAAACACACACACACACAACCACAAUUCAUAGAUCAAGCGAUGAAAAAGGCCCCCAAUUAAUGGUACGACUUCUACCAGGUGUCAGGUGCUUUCAAAUCAAAUAUUAAUGUUUGCGUUCGCUUUGAUCCUUUAGAAUUUUUCUAAGCAAAAGGGUGACAACUAGUUGCUAAUAUUAAUAAAAAAAUAUAGAUAGGAACGACUAGACAGGCAUUUUUAAAGAUAAUAGCAAAAUGUUCAUAUGAAAUAUCUUUGUCGAAGCAACAACACGACGUAUGUCUGGAUUCCAAAGUAUUAACCGUUAAAUGGAAUACCUAAUAAAGCUUGUAUAUACCCUUUAAAUUUGAAUUGAAACAAUCCUGUAUAUAUUAUUAUUAUUAUUUCAGUCCUUAAGAAAUGCGAUUUACAAUUGCGGUCAACAAAAUAUGAUUUUCAAAUUAUGGUGUGUUUGCCCCGUUUAAAUUGAAUAUGAAAAGCCUUUUUCAAUAUGAUAGAACAAUGGAACAACACACUGAGCUUAUUUUUAUAAGUACAAUUUCGCAUUGUCCUUAUCUAGGCACAAAUUACCAUAUCUUUCCGGAGAGAAAUUCAUUAGUUUGUCUAAGCAGUAAAACAGUAAAAACAAGGCCAUAUACGUUUAUAAUCACCUUUUGUCAUUUAGAAUCACAAAGAAGCCAACAUUUAUAUGUUGAAGUUCAUUUAAGUUGGUUUUUACGAAAACCGCGUUAAUUCGAAACAGUUUCGUCGAUUUAAAAUACAAUAAUUUUGGCAAUUGUUUAGUAACGAGUAAGAAGCUACGUCAUGUAUAAAUGUUUUAAGACAUUGUGAAAAUUGUAGUUAGAUGUUAAUAGGCCCUUUAAACUUAAACCAAUGAAAAAUUCAUAAAAGCUCACUUUAAAAAAUUGAAUAAACCCCAUUACAAAACAAACAAAAAAAUCAAAAAUAAUAGUUAUUAUACUAAUAAAACACAACAAUUUUUGUGUUAAUAUUAAAAGGAAAUGUUUGUAAAAAACAAACUUCGAAACCAAUUGUGAAACAUACAUAUUUAAUCUUCUUUAAAAAUAAUUACGGGAACACAACAUAAAUCUUUAAAAGAAAAAAAAAAAAAUAUACCCAAAAACACGUUAGCACAAUCAAUUCAAGGAAAACAUUAAAAAUAGCUAUUUAUAUACAUGCAUAUAUCAUUAGUAGUAUAAUUGAAAAUGAUUAUCUAAAUAAUCCCUCUAUAAAAGCAAUACAUUUAAUUUCUAAAUCAAAACAGGGGUUGGAAGGUUUUACGAUGUUCUUUUAGUAGAAAAUUCUAACAUUUUUAUGUAAACAUAUUUUCUUUUUAUUUUAUUUUUUUAAAUUCCUAACUCCACUGACACGAGCUUAUUAAAUAUACCUACCCUUAGAAAAGAUAGUGAUAUACCUAUAAUUAUAAAAUUGUACAACUUCUGAAGUCCAACUGAUGUGGUUCUUCGAAGAACAAUCACUUGAUCGGAGAUCGGAGGUGCAAUUUUUCGAUAUACCUUUUAUAAUAUAAUUUGAACACACUUUCAUAUAGGUAUAACGUACAAUCCCUGCAUUAACCAACCUUACAUGAAAUCAUGCUGUAGCCAGCCAAUCUUUGUGUUAUACGGCAGAACACAGAAAAUGUGUAAUAACUAAAUUCAUUGACACUUGUGCAUGUUAUUUUUUUUUUAAUUUAAGUAUGAGAAAAACUAUAAAUGGAAUUUAUUAAUUGUAAAUUGUGUAAAAGAAAGUCUCAGUCGCUUUCUUCCACAUAAUAGAUAAAAUAUCUGAAAAAGAAAGCAGCUAUUUUAAAUCAAUUAAAACAACAACCAAAAACAUGAAAGUGCUGGACAUUUUCUCCAUCAAAAAUAAAUUCAUUAUACUACACAUACAUACUACAUUCAUACAUACAUAUUAUGUGGGAAUAAACACAAAGCAUUAACACAUACACACACACGCAAAACACUCUUAAAUUGCAGCUAGCAGAAAGAUACACACAAUACAAACAUAUACCUAUGCCAUGUAUUUAAGGAAGUUCGGACGUAAACAAUGUAUGUAUUCCAGUUUGCGGGAACUUUUCCACGUUUAAAUUUCGAACUAGACUUCAUGUUUCGAAAAAGUGUCCGCAUACUGAUCGUGCAAUGUUUGUGAAGAACUACACAUUAUAUUGGAUCGGAUCACAAAUUUCACCCAUAAUUGUUCGCUGAUGUGUUUUUAUGUCAUCACAGGUCUUGGAAAUGCAUAAUUCGUGACAUUGAGUAAGCAAAAAAUAAAAGAAAACAACUAACCAAUACCUUUACAUAAGAUUAAAAUUACAAUGUUAAUUUAAUUGUUGUCUUGUAUGUGAAAUUCAAAAAUAAAAUUAAAGAAAAUACUAGAUUUGUAAGAGCUAGCUAUGCAUCAAUGCAACUUAAUUCAAAUAUAAGGGUUCAAGUUCGAAAUGAAACGCCUAAAUACCUACAAAUCGUGAGAUAAUCGGCUCUGCAAAAGAAAAAUGAAAUAUUGUGGAAAAAGUAGAUUCUCAUUACGAAUAAAAAUUUACAAAAAAAAAAAAAAAA